AUCACAGCCACGGGCCGAUGCAUCCAAAUCGUCGACGCUUCCUCCUGGAGAGGCCAUCCCAAUAUGAGGCACAGAGAGAUGGUCGCUUGCCCGCUCAGCUGCGUCCAGCCUAAUGCUAAGUAGAAAUAAGUGCGCUACCGAAUGUAACUCUUCAAGACCUGACCUGCCGUACAUGUGAAUCUGCUUUAAUACCCCAGAACUGCCAUGGUCUUCCCGGUCGAGUGCAGUCCUCUCCCUUCAUAAUCCAACCAACCGCUGGCCGUCCUUCCUUUCCUGUUGGCUCGACAAUGCACAAACACCACCAUGAAAACACUUAGUGGGAUGUUUUCUAUAUGGACCCAGUGCUUUCCUCGUUGUUGUGAGCCCGUGACUUCGGAUUUCGAUGAGAAGUCUUGUAGCUCUAUUAAUCUUAAUAAUUCGUUCUCUAUUGUCUACGACAAACCAUCCCUGAUGCCGCAACCCACCGUGGCGCCACUAGGGAGGACCUGGGAGGUAUUCACAGAGGAGCCGGCUCCGAGGAAGAGGAGAGGGUCUGGAUGGAGCAGUUUCUCUGCGAGGAAACGACUGUUGCCAUCUAAUACCUCGAUACCGCGCAGGCCGCGUAUAUCAGCACCUACCAACUUCCGCCAUGUCUAUUCGGAAUCAUUUCACUUCCCCGUCGAUUCAUCAUCGCAGGUCAAGCUUCAGCCAACAUCUUUCCGCCCGCUUGAGCUUAACCUCAACUCAUCUGACACGCAACUCUCACCCAUCCUUCCGCACCUCAGCUAUCCCAGCCCGCCUGUCACGCCGCCACCGCGGGCUUAUGCUGGUGCAAGCCGUAGUCGUUCUAGUAGCCCGGCGGUGUCACACCAGCGAAGCUACUCGUCCAUACCGUUUAGUAUCCCCCGUCGGCCAGUGAAUGGGGGUUCUGUGUUCGACUCGCCUCGCUCAAAUACCAGUACGCCACAGCGCCUCCAGCCCCUGAGAAUGAGGGCGUAUACAUCCCCGGCACCCCCGUCGCCCAUUGCAGAGGACUUGGUGGAGAGAGUUGCCAAUGCUAUCCUAGAGCGAGACAGACUGCAAGAGCGAAUCGAUGAUGUUGUUGAGAGACAGAGUAUAUACGUCAGCAGCAGGCCUUCUACUGCUCAUGGACAUCCAGAAAUGGAGCCUAUGCCGGAGGUACCAGCCAUGCCUCCUAACGCUCCAUCGUUUAGCGAACGGCUAAGCUCAGACCAUAUUCAGAGCACAUCAACCAAGCCACCUGUACGGACACGAUACGAGGCUAACUCGUCGAGAAAAAUGGAAGGAAGGGUUCCACCUCCCCCGUUACCGCUUCGAUUACGUCCCCCUUUGCGUAAGAAGAAAUCGUUCUCGAGGGCUUCGAGGGUAUCAAGUUGGUUGUUCCCCGCUGGCGCGGAGCACAAGAAAGGAAUCAGCUUUGAUUCCAUUACAAAUGCCCCUAGACCUGUUGCAGGUGGUGAGGGCUUCUACCAAGUAGCGCGUCCAGAAAGACGGCAUCGAUCCAGCUUUGAUAGCGAGAGUAUCGUUUCCGAUUGGACUGUUGAAGAGCAAACUUUACCUACCAGUCUAUCACUGAGCAGCGCUACAACUCCAAGGACCGUGGGUCCGUCGACUCAAUCCCGGCAGCGCAAAAGCGUAGGCAUUGCCUUCUAAUAUGAUUUUGUAGCAUAGUAUUCCAUCGAUUGGUACGAAGAUGCCAAUGUAUUUAAUCUUCUCAUGCGCCAAUUGGCGGCCAGCAACGAUUGGCGUCGAAAGAUACUGGACUCUGGCACGAAGUCUAGAUAGAGGGAUGGUUUUAUUGCUUUCUUGAUACCAUGGACCUGGCUUUGACAAUGAGCCUGGUGCGUUUAGACACAGGCUGGGCCAAAAAGAUGUAGAUGAUCGGGAUGGGGUAACGGAUCUUAACGUUUAAUGAAACUCCGAAUCAUUCAUAGACACCGCGUCGUCGACAUCUUUUCGUGUGAACUCGAUGUAGUCAAUGAUCUAAAUAGCGGUGUGAUCAACUUCAUGUGAAAAGAAUGAGCUCUUUGAAGUGAACGAAAGCGUCGACGGGCCGGUGUCAGCUG